UAUUCCUCAAAUUAUUUUCAAGACUUAAUAAUAAAUAUCAAUUAUUAAAGUGUGAUAAUGAAAUAAUCAUGUCAAUCAUUAUUUUCUUAAUAAAUGUGUCAAAUUCAAAUAUGAUAAGUAAAAAUAAAAGAAGAAAGUAUUAAAAAAUUUAAAAAGUAAAUUAGUAAAAGUAUUAUUUUUAUUAAUGAACUUUAAAGAGUGUAAAAAAAUUAAAAAAAAUAAAAUGAAAGAAUAGAACCAUGUAUGUUUGCAUGUGGAAUAAACAAACAAAAAAUAAUACCUUCUAUAAUAGUAGAAAAGGAAAAAAAAUUAUGAACAAAAUAUUUUCAACUUUAGAAAAAAAGAAAAAGUUUUUUUUUUCUUUUUUGAGAGCAUUUUGAAAAUCCAAUUUGGGGGAAGGAGCUGUGGAGAAGAAGGAAGAUGGGAGGGGUUGGGGGAGGGGGAUAGGUUUUUUUCUUUUUGAUGUUUUAUUUUGGAUGAGUUAAAUAGGUUUUAAAAUAAUUUUUCUUUUUGCUUUUGCUCAAAAUUUUUAUAAGUAAUAAUGGUCCCAACUCAUCGGUUACUAUAUUUCAUAUUAUUUAAAUAUGUACAUACUUGUUAAGAUUGAAAUGUCUAAUAGAAAAUAACGAUCCUUAGAUAUCAAACUGGAAGUAUUGGACAAGUUUAGAGCCCAGCUAUGUAUUUGGCCAUUGUCACAACUAAAUGUUACUAUUGUUGCACUAACUUUUAACGUGUGACAAAAGCUUAUGAUUACCUAUGAAAUUUUACUAUAUAAAAUUGGAGUAAGAAUUAAGGAAUUAAAAUUAGUUAGUGAUUGAUCUAAGGGGGAUUGUUGAAUUUGAUAUAGUCAAAAGGCAGGCACAUGGCCAAAUUUUUUAGUUGCUUGUGGAUUGUAAAAAGUGUAAUCUUUGUGUGUUUUUAUGGUUAUAUAUUUGUUUAGCUGGCAAGAGUUGAUUUUUUUAUUUUUUUUAUGUCUUGUGUUGAUGGGAACUUGCUAUAACAAUUAAAAUAUGUUUGCUUGUGGAUUAUAAAGUUACAUGAGUGUGGAUGCAGUGAUGUCUUUUUGAUUUUGCACAUAUGAACAUCCUGUUUUGACUAGUAUAAAAAUCAUCUCUUUUUUUGCUUGAUGCUGCAACUUUUCCAGGUUCUUUCUGCCAUUGUUAAGUUCGCGCUCUAAUAAACUUAUUUGGGGUUCAGUAAAGCUUCUUUCGUUCUACUUAUACAUGAAGAACUUUGGACGAAGUUCCAGUUCUUUAAAGUCAGCUGAAACUAUGAGGCUUAUCUUCUGCGUAGCUUGUGGAGUAAUGUUUGGUGUAUUCGUUGGAAUUUCGUUUUCUACUAGCUCAUUAACAAAGCUAAAUAUAACAGCUAGUAUUGUAAGCAACUUUCCUAUUGCUAGAGACAGAAAUAAUAUUGUUUCAUCUCAAAAUCAUACUGAUUCUUCUAUCAAAAUUCAGAAUGCUACAGAGCAAUUGAAGAUUUGGGUCCCUUCAAACCCGAAAGGAGCAGAAAGAUUACCUCCAGGGCUCGUUGCUUCUGAGUCCGAUUACUAUCUCCGAAGAUUGUGGGGAAACCCCAGUGAGGAUUUAUCUAGUAAGCCAAAAUGUCUGGUAACAUUUACUGUUGGUGUUAAGCAGAAACAUAACAUUGAUGUUGCAGUAAAGAAGUUCUCAGACGACUUCACGAUUCUUCUUUUUCAUUAUGAUGGUAAGACAACUGAAUGGGAUGAAUUUGAGUGGUCAAAACGAGCCAUCCACGUGAGUGCUCGUAAACAAACAAAAUGGUGGUACGCGAAAAGGUUUCUUCAUCCAGACAUAGUUGCUCCUUAUGACUAUAUUUUCAUCUGGGAUGAAGACCUAGGAGUUGAGCAUUUUGAUGCCAACGAGUACAUUAAACUUGUCAAGAAGCAUGGUUUGGAAAUUUCACAGCCAGGUUUGGAUCCUAUAAAAGGAACAACAUGGCCAAUGACAAUUAGAAGAGGCAAUGGUGAAGUUCAUACGUUAGCAGAAGAAAAACCAGGCAAAUGUCAAGACCCUCAUUUGCCUCCGUGUGCAGCAUUUGUAGAGAUCAUGGCUCCUGUCUUCUCCCGAGAUGCAUGGCGUUGUGUGUGGCACAUGAUUCAGAAUGACUUGAUCCAUGGUUGGGGACUUGACUUCGCGCUUCAUAAAUGUGUUGAACCUGCUCAUGAGAAAAUUGGAGUCGUUGAUGCUCAAUGGAUUCUUCAUCAAAGUGUCCCUUCCCUUGGAAAUGAGGGGCAAGCAAAAGACGGGAAGGCUGCAUGGCGAGGGGUGAGAGAGAGAUGUGAAAAGGAAUGGUCAAUGUUUCAAUCUAGGGCAGAAAAUGCAGAGAGAGACUAUUACAUAUCAAAGGGAAUUGAUACUACAAAUUUCUCUUUCAAGUCAAAUGGAAUUGAUCCAUCUAAUUUCGUAUCUCACUAAAGUCUUGGCAAUUUUCCCUAUACUAGUCAAACUUGUUAAAAUUCAUUAUAUUUUUUUAAUUGAAGAAUGUAAAAGAGCUUCUUCAAUAGAGUAUUGACAUGAUUUACAAAUGUACUUAU